AAAUAAAUUAAUGUAAUUACCACCAUAACAAGUAGGAAUAGUCACUUACUAUUCUGAUUAAUAUGAACCAUAAUGUCCUUUAUGUCAAUCAGGAGAACAUUCUUCAUAAACAGAAUCAAAUUUUAUUUAAUCAGCUCAUACAAUGUAAGGAUAAUAAGUUAGAGGGAGAGGUAAAAAAAUCUAAAAAUAAUUAGUUGUUUAUACUUCUCCUGAGAGAAUAGUCUCUCGAAAACUAAUUGAAGGUGUUGCAAUAUCACCUAUGUAAUUAAGAUAAUAAUAAGCAAUAUCUUAACAAUAAGCAAUCACUCCUCCUAGAGUAAUGCCAAUAACAUCAUAAAUCAUUAAUACUCCCCCAAUUAUAUAAUAGAAAUCCCCAAUAUUGAUUUAGUAAUCCCCUGUAAUCUUAUAGUAAGCAACAACUCAGAUAAAUUAAUCUCCUAUUGCUGUUAAUUCUUAAUCUAAUGUAAUCUAAUAGGCAAUCUAUUAACCAUAAAUUCCUUAAAUUUAAUAAUAAUAUUAAGCAUAACCUUAAAUUUAAUAGAGUUAAAUAAAUUAAACAAACAUGAGUACAUAAUUCAAUUAAUAACUUUAAUAAUCUUAACUGAUUUAAUAAGAAUUGUUAUUAAAGUAAAAAGAAUGGGCUGAUAAAUAUUAUUAAUAAACAGAAGAAAUUUAAUAAAAUCAUUUAGCUUAUUCUUAAUUGUAAGCAUAAUAUUAAGAAUAAUUGGAAUAAUAUGAAGCAUUAAAAAAUGCUUAUUCUCUUUAAACUUAAUAUUAGGCUCAGAAUUUUAUUCCAUCAUUCUUAUAAACUGUUUAAUAUAAAGUAAUCACUAAGGAUGGAAAGUGUUAAUAUAGCUAGGAGGAAAUUGAAUUGUAUUGGAGACAUCAAGUAUAUUAAUUAGAAGAAUAAAUGUAUUUAUUAUGGGAAAAAAUUAAUUAAAAAAAAUAAAAGAAAGAUUUACCAAUUAAAUCAGAUGACAGUCAAAAAGUAAUUUAUUGAAAUAAAUAAAUAGAUUGAAUAAUUAUAGUAAGAAGUAGGACAAUUAGAACAUAUUUAAAGAAUGAAAAUGAAUUCAUUAGUAAUUCUUAGAAAUAAAUUAAAUGAUCUAAUGUAUUAACAUGAUCCAGCCACAGAAGCUACUAGAGAACAUGAUUUACAUUUACAAUAAUUAAGAUAAAAAGUUAUGCAAUUAAAUUCUAAACUAACAGAUAUUCAAGAUGAGAUAUAGAUGGCAGAAGCAUAAAAUGAAGCAAUUAGGAGUGGAAAAGGAUUUAAAUUUGUGUCUAUUAAAUAAACUUCUAGCUCAGUUAGAUAAGUUAACAAUUCUAUAAGAACUAACUAGGCUUAAGAUCAUUAAAUUUCUUGA